AUGAAAGCACGAAUGGUUCAUAUAGGUCAACAUGGGAUGCAAAUGUCACAAGCUUAUGAUGUGAAUGGUCAGCAUAUCAAUGCUGUAGAUAGAGCUAGAUUAAAUGAAAUUUUAUUAGAUGCAGUCGAAAAGAUGGAUGCUGUCACGAUUUAUUUCGAGCAUAGACUCAUUCAAAUUGAUUUGGAUAGUAAUAUCCUUCAAUUCGAAACUAGUCAUAAUGAGCAAAAGACGUACAAAGUAGAUUUAAUUAUUGGUGCUGAUGGAGCGUAUUCUAGAACAAGAUCACAAAUGAUGCGUCGUAUGAGAAUGAAUUACAAUCAAGAAUAUAUCGAUACUGCUUAUUGUGAAUUGUUGAUGCCUCCAGCAAAGGGUCCUGAUGGAAAGCCUACAUUUGCUUUGGACCCUAAUCAUCUUCAUAUUUGGCCAAGACAUACUUUUAUGCUUAUUGCACUUCCUAAUCCUGAUUUUUCAUUUACCUGUACUUUAUUUAUGCCAUUUAAAAUGUUUGAAGAUAUUAAAACUGAGGAUCAACUAUUGGAGUUCUUCAAAGAGCACUUUAACGAUUCAAUCCCAUUAAUUGGUGAAGCUUCUUUAAAGGCAGAUUUCUUCCAUAAUCCAAGAGGAUCACUCGUCUCUGUAAAAGUAUCUCCACAUAAUUACCAAGAUAAAUCCCUUAUCAUUGGCGAUGCAGCUCAUGCAAUGGUUCCGUUUUAUGGACAAGGCAUGAACUGUGGAUUUGAAGAUGUUGAAAGACUUCACGACAUAUUAGAUAGUCAUCAAAUUAAGCCUGUAGUUAAUGGUACUAACAAUCGUAUCGAAGGCCUAGAGGAAGCACUCGAUGCAUAUUCUCGUAUACGUGUUGAAGAUGCACAUGCUAUUUGUGAUUUAGCUAUGUAUAAUUAUUAUGAGAUGCGUCAUGCAGUAACAUCAAUUCGCUUUUUAGCCAGAAAGAAAUUAGAAAACUCCAUUCAUUUUAUCUUUCCUCGCUUAAUUAUUCCAUUGUAUACUAUGGUUAGCUUCACUACCAUACCUUAUUCUAAAGCUAUUAGACGCUGGCAUCGUCAAACCUAUUGGCUAAACGUGGGUAUGUUUUCUACUACGCUCCUUCUUGCUAGUAUUGCCACUGCUGUUGGUAUUAAGCAUCAUGUACGAAUCAUACCAUCCAUAAAAGCCUUUGCUACUACUGUUAAGAAGUUAAUUGUGUAA